AUGGACAUGCCGGCGGUCGCGGCCAUCGCCGACAGUGGCGUCCGACAGCCGGCGGCCGCCCGCAGUGGCGGCAGCAGCAGCGCCCGGAGCAGUCGCCGGUCCUCGACGCACCACCAACACCGCUCCGGGUACGAUCCGCCGCCGUCGGCCACCAGCAGCGGCAGCGGCCAUUCGCCGUCGCCCCGGUGCCAGCAGCGGCGAAGCGGCGCCCCCGACGACACCCACACCGCCACAACCAGCAUCACCACCACCACCGCCAACAACACAACCAUCACCGCCGCCGCCGACAACAACAGCAGCAGCAGCAGCAGCAGCAGCAGCAACAACAAACAUCACCACCACCACCAUCACCACCAACAACAACAGCAACAACAACAACAACAACAACAACAACGCUCCUCCUCAGCCAACAACCACCCCGACUCAACCCCGACCGCGGCCCACGAACGGUCCGUGCUGCUCAACAACAAAUAUUUUCCCGAAUACAAACACUGA